CCGGGUUUGGCUGGGUUCUUACUUCGCAUACAUUUGCAGGGAAUGGGCAUCUGCUUCUUCUUCUUCUCCAUCCAUCUUCGUCUUCCCUUUUGAUAUUUAGGCCAUUCCUCUCUUCUUCCUUGGAGUCUGGAGACGAAUGGCUUCUGUUCCCAAGCCAAUGCUUCAUGGUAGGAGGCUCUUUGAGCUGCUGGAAGAGCAACAAGAGCCUUUUCUUCUGGAUGUCUACCUCUUGGAGCAUGGGUACUCGGAUAGAGCAAUGAAUCCCAGUGCUGCUGCAUUCAUGUGCUGGCAUGGCGGUGCUUGUAGGCGGCUGAGAAGGUUCAGCACCCAUGGCUGCAGGAGGAAGAGAACCGGACUUCUGAGGUGUCUGCUGAACAAAGUUGUCUACGGCAAGGUGAUCAGGAAAGCUUGGAGGUGGGAUGGUGGAGCUAUUGGCAUCGGAAGAUGGAAUGUCUUGAGAUCGUUCUUCGAGAUGAAGGGCAAGAACAAUGCUGUGGAGUUCCGCCGGCUGUCUUGUUCCUGUGGCACCGACGAAGGUGAUCCGGACAGAGAGGAGCAGUGGAGAGCUAUGGGCGGCUCCGAUCAGCGCAGCCCUGUGUCAGUCCUCGAGCUGCAUUCUGAUGAAGUUGAGGAAGAGGUGCCAUCAACCUCAGGUUUUGAUUCACCCAAGGACACAAAGGAAGCUCCAUGGAUCGGCUUGGAAGAGCACCCCAACACAAGGACCCAGUUCCUUCACCCACACCGUUUUCUGUCAGACUGGCUGAAGGAGGUAGAAGGAAGGCUCUCAAAAUCUCACGAAUGCCCAAGUCCAGAGAGGAGUGGGAAGAUCACCGAGGAGGGGAUGAUGAUCCUGUCACGGGAGAGUCGAGGAUGUGCUUUGGGCAAUAUAUCCCAGUUGAUAGAUGUCGAUUUCUCCGAGUCCAGGAAAGAAUGGAGCCACUUUCGGCAUGAGAUAGGAGAGGUUGGGGCUGAGAUCGAACAGAUCAUCUUUGAGGAGAUCAGCGAAGAAGCUGUGCUCGAUGUUCUUCAUCGUCACUCCACCUUGGAAAGAUGUUGAUUCUAUUCAUCAGCGCCAUGUGAAAUUUACUCGCUUACAGUAGCAAAUCUCUGAACAUAAUGCAUGCCACAGGAAGACACAAAUCCUUGCUUCAUCAGCUGCUCGCUUGCAGUCUACUGGAUUGCUUCAGAACCAAUGAUGGAUUAC